AUCAGGAAUUUGGUGCCUUCAAGCGGAAAAACAGACAUGAGAACAUUAAUGUUAGUGAACUCGAUGAUAGGCUCAAACAAGCAACCAUGGCACUUGCCAUGAGCAGUCUUGAAGAUGAAGAGGAAGCUGACCCGGAGAUAUACACACAAUUUGAAAAGUACUUUGACACAAAGAAGCCGGGCUCUAAAAAUACGGAUCCUUCAACAGAGCCGUUGAAGUCAAACAACAAUGACUACUUAUAUGCGGUCUACCAAAGUGAAGGAAUCAGGCCUUUCGAAGCUGAUUGCAGAGGAAAGUCCAUCAGAAAGUACAUGAAAGAACAUACCGGCUGGUCUGAUAAUUUAAUAGAAGACUGGGGUAAGAUGUUGACGCUUUCAAAUGAGAAGCAUGGAAUUCCUGCCGAUAUUAAGACUAAUAACGAUAAAUCCAAGUCUAAGCCUCAGGACAAGAAUGCCAAAAAGGCAAAUUAUCACUACAACGACAAGAACAAAGCUCAGAAGGCCAAUCAUAAUAGAAAGAGCCAGCAUAACAAGAAGAGCAAGCUCGAAACUGCUGGGUUAUAGAAUUAUAGGCAAUAUAUGUAGAUUAUUAGCUAUUGCAGCCAAAACUUUGAGAUAGUUGCGAU